AUGGAUGACCAAGUGAAAGCAGCCAGCUACGGCUCUUCUCCCGGGCGAGGCCUGUCACCGACCAGCAGUAGCUCCGCUCAGCCCGAAGCUCUCCUAAUCCCCGAGCUCAAAGCAGGAAUUUACCUGGGCGAAUCGGCGUCUGAAUCCAAGGGGAGGCCGAGGCCGCUGUGGCGAGAGACUAUAAUCCGGGCCGGGAGGGGGGGUGGCUACGGCUCCUCUUCCGUCUCCUCAGUGCGGGGAACAUGUAGAGCCGGGGGGAGACCAGCCGAGAAGACAAAUCGCUGCUUCUUCUUCCUCCUCCUCCUCCUUCUCCCACAUAGAAACACUCACAAACACCCGACCGGGGGCCCGAGCUACCGGGGGGGCAUCGCCGCCGGCCCGGGAACCAAUCCUCCAGUCGGCGGGGGCGUCCCUCCCUGCGGCUUGGUGGUGUCGGAACAAAAUGCCGACCGGAAGUGCAGCUGCAGGAAUGACUCCCUCCGCCGGCGCCAAACACUAACAACCACCCCCUCUUCCCCACUCCACUUCCGCCACCGCCGCGCCGCCGCCGCCACUUCGGCUCGCGUCUUCGGCUGCGCCACAGCGCACGGCCAGCUCCGCUCCGCGCCGCACCCAGGGCCGGGCGGCGGCCGGCAGCGAGGCGUCGGCGGCUCUUCUCUGCGCCCUUCUCCUCAGGGCGGCUGUGGAUGUUGCCUUUUAGUGUCGAUCCUGCGGAGCGGCGUUUUCGCUGCGGCACGGGCGGGCCGGGUCUUCCCGGUCUUUAUUUUCCUGGAGGCCGACCGGAGCGCGGCCCGAGUUCGGUGGUGGUCGCGUGCGUGGGGGGCGCUCAGGCCCGGACCGUCUCGCAGCCCGCGCACGCCGCCCCAGCUGCUCGUCUUUAGCUCUCGGGAGCCGAGCUCGGGGCGGCCACGUAGAGGACGCCCGCGAUCCGACGGCGACCGAGCAUUUUUUAAAUGGUGUCCCUGCAGCCGGGUGGAUGGAUGUAUCGUAUUGUACACCUUUCUCUCCUUUUGAGAGGCCAGACUUUAGGCCCGUCUCUGCAUUAUUUCUGAGGAGUGAGAACGCAACGCGUGGAGGAGACGAAGAUUCUCAGCUGGACUGAAAUGGAACCAUGUUUGUGAUGCAUAUAUUUCUGGAAAUAUGUGGUCUUUUCUGGUCUUGCAUUUUGUUGCCGGUGGUUUUGGCUCUUGCCUAGCAGUCGGGAGAAGGGCCUGUAGGCGACGCUGUUCGAGCGAGGAGCUGUCCGCGCCCCCCUCUAGGUAUGGGUGGAGCCGAGCACGCGGGGAGAGCCGGCGGAGUGCGGGCCGCGGGGGGGCCUGGGGCCAGCCGGUUUCAGACUUCGUUUUCCUUUACGUUCGAAACAGUGAGGUACUGGCCAAGGCUGGAGUACAAAUGUGAUUAUGUGUACAGUUCCAAGCCUCCUGUAGUCUCUGACUGAAACACGUGAAAUAACUUUACCGUACAGGUCACUAUUAAGUUUACUUCUGUACAUUAAAAGGGGGCUUUUCUUCAGGUAAAAAGUGCAUAGGUAAGCGAAUUUUACUCAAACGGGACGAAAUUUGUGUUAUAUUUUCAUGAGUUUACUUAAAUGGUAUGUUAAUUAUAUAUGCAUAUGUACCGGUACGCUGAAAGUAAACAGGAAAAUUUUCCCCACAGGUUAUUCCUUUUGCCUCACAUCACUCGAAGGACUAAAUCAGAUCUUGUCACUCCUUUACUCUAGACCCUGCCAUUGUUUAGCUGGGAGUAAAAGCCAAAGCCUUGACCGCGGCCUAAAGGCGGUGCGCUCGGUGGGGCGGGGGGAGGCUGCCUCGGCCGCCUUGCAGGCAAGACGUCUGUCCUGGCUUUUCCUUGGGCCAGGCUCCUUCCCCAAGGACCACAGAGUUUGCUGCCUCACCUUCAGGAUUUUGCUCAACUGUGUCCUCGGGGCUCCGUGGCCACUCUUUAAACUGCAAGUUCCCGGUCCCUUUUCCCCAUUUUUAUCCUUCAGGCGUUCUACAUAUCUUACAUGUUUAUCUCGUUAUCUGUUUUAACCGACAGAAUAACGUUAAGCUCUAGGAGGGCGAGGUUUUUUUUUCUCCACUGGUGUUUUGUGGAGAAAAUAAUUCCUGACACACAGUAGAUGCUUAAUAUUUGGUUAAUGAAUGAAUGACGAUUGUAAGGGCCCUGACCCCACCCACACAUACACCAGUUUCUGAACUCUGUCCCUUACAUAUGUAUAUAUUUACACACUACAGAGAACUUUAUGAAAGAUUUGUGGGGGGAAAAAAAAAAACCUAGGGAAAAAAGUGCAAGUUUAUUAU